UAGACGAAGAAGAAGAAGUGUGUAAAGAUGGUUGCGGCUCUAAAGAAGUCCAGUCUGGCUCGAAUGAGAAGCUGCUGGUUUUUAUUUCCAAUGUUUCAUUUAAAAAACAUCCGAGCGCUGACAUGUUUGUUUGUUGCCGCGUGUGUGUGGACGAGCCCGUCGCUGGCGGACGAGCAAGAGUUCAUGGAGGACUUUCUGAAGCGGGAGUAUUCUCUGACCAAGCCUUACCGUGGGUUGGGUUUCUCUAGCUCCGCACAGUGGGAUCUGAUGGGCACUGCCAUGGUAACGCCUGACCAUGUGAGGCUGACCCCAGACCUGCAGAGCAGGCAGGGAGCCGUGUGGAGUCGAAUUCCUUUGCUCUUGCGGGAUUGGGAGCUAAAGGUGCAGUUUAAAAUCCACGGCCUUGGAAGGAAGAAUAUGAAUGGGGACGGAAUGGCCAUCUGGUUAACCAGAGAUCGCAUGCAGAAUGGUCCUGUGUUUGGUAACAUGAACCAGUUCACUGGACUUGGUAUAUUUAUGGACACUUACCUCAAUGCGGACAAGACCCACGAUAGGACUUUCCCAUAUGUAUCAGUGAUGCUGGGGAAUGGGACAUUGUCGUAUCAACACGAGCAAGAUGGACGCCGCACUGAACUUGGAGGGUGCACAUCCAUGGUGCGCAACGCGAUCUUCGACACAUUCGUCCUCAUCAGAUACUCCAAAAACAGACUGACGCUCAUGAUGGAUGCAGAAGGUAAGCAGGAAUGGAAACACUGUGCUGACAUCACAGGGCUGCGGCUACCUACAGGAUACUUCUUUGGAGCCUCCUCUGCCACUGGAGACUUAUCAGAUAACCAUGACCUCAUCUCCAUGAAGCUGUACCAGCUGACAGUAGAGAGGACUCCAGAGGAGGAGAAGGAGCUGGAGGAGGAGGAGGAAGUCAUCAUUCCCAGAGUUGACAACAUGGAACAGUUUCAAGUUGUUAUCCAGGAGGAAGGGAUGAGCAGAGUCCAGUUCUUCUUGACCCUCCUCUUCUCCAUCCUGGGCCUGGGUGUGCUGGCUGUGAUAGGACUGGUGCUCUACGGACGCUGGAAAGAAAAGAGACGUAAACGCUUCUAUUGAUCAUGGAGCAAUGAUUCGUGUGAUAGGUUUUCAGAAUGUUUGUUGCUUUAUCAACAUACAUGACAACAAUGCCAGAAGCUUACUGAAACCAUACAAUCAAAUGAACAAUGAGUGAACAGCCUCGUGGGUCUGAAGCCCAGAAACAGAAACAGAAAUUAGCCGAGAUGUACAGGUGAAGAGAUCAUGAACAGGUAAGCCAGCUGUAGAUUAUUCUUUAAAGCUGCUUUCAGACAUGUAAUGAGCUCUGGAGAUUCUCUGAAAUUUCUCCGGAGGAAGGUGAAUGUGUGAAGGCGAUUGUCCGAGUGAGAGCCCCUGGGGUUUCUGUGGUCUUUCUCCGCAUGGCUCAGAGGAGCUAAUGAAUGAAAACAGCUUGAGAUUCCCCAGGAUUCACUAUGAGCAAGGGGGGGGGGGGAGGUUGCUAACGCUUCUGACAUGCAACAGAAGCAAAAAACUAUAUUAUAAUAACAACACAAAUAUUUCCGGAUGAAAACAGUGGUAUACUCGUAGAAGACACAUGUCAAGGGAGAUUUUGUGAUCGGAGCCAAUGUUGACGUGCUGUUAACAAAAACCUGUGACCCCUGCAGCAGAAUGAACAUGUUAUGUCAUGCCUCUGUCUGCUGCUCCACCCCUCACCUGAAUCCUGCAGAGGAUUUGUUGCUGCUGUGAACAUUUCUGAGCAGAGAAUCUCUUGCUACGUUGUGCAAGUGAAAGGUAACCUCUGGAGAAUGUCCACACCCAAAUACUCCAGAGUUCUUCCUGAAAUCAUGUCUGAAAACAACUUUAAUGUAGUGGAAGAUGGACAAGAUAAAGCUGACCUGGUAAAAAAAGUUAAAAUAUGUUAAUCUCAACUUAAAGCACAGUGGGUUGAAGAACCCCAUUGCACUUACUGACACACUGUAGAUUUCAGCCGAACAAAAAUGUGUAAAUCCUCUACAAAAUCAGAUGCUGUGUUUACUGUCACCAUUUAAUAGUUUUUUUUUGGUACAGAAGUGUAGUUACCUAUUACUGCCACUUGGUGCUGCCAGCGUGCAGCUUUAAUCCGACUCGUAGCUGCUGUGAAGACCAGUCAACCAGUGGAACACUGCAGAUUCUUGCUGCACCGAUGAAGCUGCACUGAGCCCCUCCAUGCUUUGAGAGCACCUUAUAAAAGCCAGGCAACGCACUUUGUUCAGCUCGUGUGACAAUUGGGUUUAACCCAGCUGUUUUUUAAAUGUACGACCAAUGACACCUCACAAUUGUACAUUAAUAGAGCCAUCAGAGUUACCAGUGCUGUUUAAGUGCCUAGCUUCUGCAGUUGUCCCCUUAAUUUCCUCUCAGAUGAUUUGUUUUCAAUCACUCUCUAAAGUAACUAACACUUCUUAGCUGCCGUUGUAGCUUGAGCUAAGAAAUACUUGUCACCACUGUCUUUUAGAAAAUCCCUAACUUUAUCUGUUGCACUGAAUUGUAUCCACUUCUCAUCAAACUAUUUCAAUAUGUUAUGAACUAAUUCAUUCAUUAUGUUGCUUUAGAAUUUAAAUCUGGAAUGCACUGUGAAUUUGAUAGCCAUAUGCAGGAUCAUGUUGUUGUGUUAGAGUAAAGUGAAUAUGAAUGCUGUUUAGUGUCUAGAAGUGUAGCCUGUGAUUUAUCUGUUCAAACGAUGCAAUACAAGCUCGUGCCUUACACUUGGUGUCCAAUGGCUGCAGCGCUGUCACACUGCAGCUCCCUCACCACUGCUGUACAGACAAAUGAGUGAGCUGGUUACUGGGAUCUGUUUCUUCACUGUUGUGUAAAUGAGGAGCUUUGUUUCUGUAAUCAGGGCGGAGCAUCAGGUCAACUGCAGUCAGGCACAGUGACAGUGGUGCAGCCACGUAAGAGAACACAUCUUUACAGAUCAACGUGUCCACACAUUUAUACAUCCAUUGAAAGUCCGACUGAAGUCAAACUAAUGGAAAAUAUCAUCUAGAGGUCGAAUCAGUUCCAUUGCUGAACAGGUUUCCCUGAAGAUCUGGAGAAGGGACAGGGUGCUACCUAAAGUCAUCACAAUUAGUAAAGUACAGGCAAAAUAAUUAUAAAUAUUUGUGUCAUUAACAGGCAGUGAUGUGUUGAUUUGAACAAAAGCCCAAAGCAGCACUGGUAAUGUUGUGUGUGGACAUGCAGAGAGGUGACACAGCCACAUCCACUGGGCACGUUCCAAACAGGCCUUUUUCACGGCAGCCAUUUUGACUUACAGCAGGUAAAGUUCAGGAGUGACUGAACAGAUAGCGGCUCUGUUAAAAGCAUGACAGUGUGACACUGUGGCAACAUGCACAAUACCAGGACCCUGACACUGAAGGAGCUAAAUGGAAUUCAGGCGUCAUUCAUUUUGCUUUCUUGCUAUGACAUGUCAAAGUGUCUGCCAUGAAAACAGCCUGUGUACAGUCGGAGCCGGGAGUCACUUCAGACCUGGAGCCUCAGUCAGAGAUGACGUUUGGGUUGCAGAUGUCUUAGCUCACUUCUGUCUGACUCCACAACCUCCCAUUUAUUUACAGACCAGGAGCCUUCAAGCUCAACUGUCACUUAAAUUGCUCGAGGCAAUUCAUUGUAAUGUGUUAACGGUGACGUUUUGUGUGUUUACCUGGGGGGGUUGGGGGUCCUUAAGAGACAGGCGCUAACACUGGACAGAAUCUGAAAAGAGGACCUGUAGUAACUGACAGUAGGAGUAAAGUGAACAUUAGAGCAUGUAAACCUUUUCAAAUAAAAAUCAUGAACCUGAACAUUUGCACAAUAUGUCUCCCUUAAAUCUGCAGAUUUCAAAUUUCCUCCCAUUAAAAAAAGAACAGAAAAGAAAAUGUGUCCUGCUGCAGAAUGACUUGAACAUCAGCUUUAGUGGUUUUCAUUUUUGUAUAUGAGUAGUUGUGGUGUUAGUCAUGGUUGAGUCACAGGAUGAUGCCGACUACACUAUAAGGCAAACCGAGUCCGGUAUCAGUUCCUGUGUUUUAAGCUAAAAGAUACAUCAACACUUCUCCAUCAGUUUUGUGUGAUUCUUCUAAGCAAAAUGAUCAUGUUCACUUAGAGGAGUAUAAAAAAAAAAAAUGAAGAAGAAAGUGCAAAACUACUGUCGAGUGUGAAAAUCUCCCUGGAAUUGCAAAUGCACUUAUAAAUCUAAAGUUCACUCAACAGGUUAAAACAGAGCACCAGCACAACAGCCACUAAUGUCACUGACUGACAUUAGCACUAGAUGCAGAUACAAGGAGGCAGCUGCUUAGUGAAGCUUUCAAAUAAAGCGAGUUCUUAUUUACAGCAACAUGUUUGUAAGAGUGUUAACAUGUAGGGAGAUUUCCAUGUACUUAUGUAGAAAGGAGGGAGGAGGUGCUGCAGAACUCCAGCUGAGAGAACUGCUUCUCUUUAUUGAGGCAGGUAGAAGCACAAAAAACAAGAUCCCUCAGGUCUGGCUGAUUAAUGAAUAUUGUAGAUAAUCAUGGGGAAUGAAAUGAAGGCACUCCAUCUUCAGUAGAUUUUUUGUUAUUAAUCUAUUCUUCAAUUAAAAUGAUUCUUCAUUCUUCAGGGACCCCGAUGUAGAGUUGAUACAUGCUGGUCUGACAGUCUAUGUGCUUGAAGAAUGCAGAGCCUCUUUUUCCUCUGUGACCUUUUGCUUUAUUCGACACCCAGCAACACCUCUGGGAUCUUGUUUGUUGUAUUGUUUGUUCUUGCAUAUCUCGUUUUGGUUCCUGCUGUUUGCUGUUUGAAAGCAUAUCAAUCAGUAGCUAAUGUCAUGUUCAUGUUAAAGCUCCACUACCUGCCUCUUGAAGCACUGCAGACUGUUGUUUCACGUUUCCUCUAAUUGUCUGUGUAGGUUUUUUUAAUUAUCUUAUCAAUGUCAAGCUGUUUGUCCCAAUGAUUUAAUAUAUGAGCCAACAUUGUGGCAAACGGCUGUAAUUAUUUAAAUAGUAAUGUUCAGCAAAUCCUAAUUUGUAAAAUCAAAACACUUGCUUUAGACAAACUGUAAGUGAAGAUCAUUUAUUGUUUUUGCUCCUGUUUGAAUUUUUUUCAGUAAACGUUUCUGUGAUUUA